AUGGCGGGUGCGGGCGGCCAGGGAAACGCCGAGGAAGGGAAAAAGGGAGACGGCGGAAAGAAGAAAACGAAGGAAGGGGCCGGCGAGGAAGGGCGCGCGGAGCUGAACCCCUGGCCUGCGUUUAUCAGUGAGCGUUUAGAGCUGUAUAAUAAACUCAAAGCUGAACAUGAUGCACUUCUCGCAGAAAGAGCGGCCACCRAGAGUAAACCCAUUAAAGUUACACUGCCUGAUGGCAAGCAGGUUGAUGCCGAGUCCUGGAAGACCACCCCUUACCAAAUUGCUUGUGGAAUCAGCCAGGGCUUAGCUGACAAUACUGUUAUCGCUAAAGUGAACAAGGUGGUUUGGGAUCUAGACCGUCCUUUAGAGGAGGAUUGUACUCUGGAGCUGCUCAAGUUUGAAGAUGAAGAAGCUCAAGCAGUGUACUGGCACUCAAGCGCCCACAUCAUGGGUGAAGCCAUGGAGCGAAUCUAUGGUGGAUGUUUGUGCUAUGGCCCACCGAUAGAAAGUGGAUUUUAUUAUGACAUGUUUCUUGAGGAUGGGGGUGUAUCCAGUAAUGACUUCUCUGCUUUAGAAGCCUUAUGCAAGAAGAUCAUGAAGGAGAAACAAGCCUUUGAAAGACUGGAAGUUAAGAAGGAAACCUUGCUCGAAAUGUUUAAGUAUAAUAAAUUCAAGUGUCGGAUUCUGAAUGAGAAGGUCAAUACUGCAACCACAACAGUGUACAGGUGUGGCCCUUUGAUAGAUUUGUGCAGGGGCCCUCAUGUCAGACAUACGGGCAAAAUAAAAGCUAUAAAAAUUCAUAAGAAUUCUUCUACGUAUUGGGAAGGCAAGGCGGAUAUGGAAUCCCUUCAGCGGAUCUAUGGAAUUUCAUUCCCAGAUGCGAAAAUGCUGAAGGAAUGGGAGAAGUUCCAGGAGGAGGCUAAGAACAGAGAUCACAGAAAGAUUGGGCGGGACCAAGAACUGUUUUUCUUCCAUGAGCUCAGUCCUGGCAGCUGUUUUUUCUUGCCAAAAGGAGCUUACAUCUAUAACACAUUAAUUGAAUUCAUCCGGAGUGAGUAUCGAAAACGUGGAUUCCAGGAGGUUGUCACUCCAAAUAUUUUCAACAGCAAAUUAUGGAUGACAUCAGGGCACUGGCAGCAUUAUAGUGACAACAUGUUUUCCUUUGAAGUGGAGAAAGAAAUCUUUGCUCUGAAGCCUAUGAACUGCCCAGGACACUGCCUUAUGUUUGAUCAUCGCCCGCGAUCGUGGCGCGAGCUGCCGCUGCGGUUGGCUGAUUUCGGGGUCCUGCACCGUAAUGAACUGUCGGGAGCUCUAACCGGCCUCACUCGAGUACGUCGCUUCCAGCAGGAUGAUGCUCACAUAUUCUGUGCCAUGGAGCAGAUUGAAGAGGAGAUAAAGAGUUGUCUGCAGUUUUUGCGUACUGUUUAUGACGUUUUUGGAUUUUCCUUCAAACUGAAUCUUUCCACUCGUCCUGAAAAGUAUCUUGGAGAUAUUGAAGUAUGGAAUCAAGCUGAGAAGCAACUUGAGAACAGCCUCAAUGAAUUUGGUGAGAAGUGGGAAUUAAACCCUGGUGAUGGAGCUUUCUAUGGACCUAAGAUUGACAUUCAGAUUAAAGAUGCCAUUGGUCGCUACCACCAGUGUGCUACAAUCCAGCUAGAUUUCCAGCUGCCAGUCAGAUUUAACCUUACCUUUGUCAGCCAUGAUGGUAACGAUAAGACCAGGCCAGUUAUCAUUCACCGGGCUAUCUUGGGAUCUGUGGAAAGAAUGAUUGCCAUUCUCACUGAAAACUACGGUGGCAAAUGGCCCCUCUGGCUCUCCCCACAGCAGGUAAUGGUGGUACCAGUGGGACCAACCUGUGAUGAAUAUGCUCAAAAGGUCAGACAGCAAUUCCACGAUGCUGGAUUAAUGGCAGAUGUUGAUGUAGAUCCUGGGUGCACGCUGAACAAGAAGAUCAGGAAUGCUCAGCUUGCACAGUAUAACUUCAUUCUAGUUGUUGGUGAAAAGGAGAAGGCCAGUGGAACAGUAAAUAUUCGCACUAGAGAUAACAAGGUGCAUGGUGAGCGCACAAUUACUGACACGGUGGAGAGGCUGCUGGAACUGAAACGCUCUCGCUGCAAACAAGCUGAAGAAGAAUUUUAACACCACCACCUGGCAUAAAGAAGAUUCUGGGGUUUUGCAUUGUUUAACAAUAGAGGUGUUUGUGCUGAACCAGCUCCAACAUACUGGACCUCUUGCUAUUUUUGCAGAGAUUUUUCUUAGUAAAAUAACUCUUUGUAAAAUCAUUUUUUUCAAAAAACAUCAAGUAAAAUUUGUUGGAUCARUGAUACGUGCAGCUAGGUGAAAUGACCCCUUCUGCAACUGCAAGAGAUUGGAAAUGUUCAUCAGGGAUAACUAACAUUUGAACUAUCCA